UGUCCUGCAUAUAAAAGACAUUCAUUCUGGCUAUGGAUGGAGCUCAAAACCAGACCAGUGUUUCUGGAAUUUCCAGUCCAGCUCCAUCUCAGAGCCCUUCCUAUCUGAUCUCAGUCUCCAGAGUUCUACGUUCCGGUGUUCCAACUACAAUAUCUAUCACCAUCCUCACCAAAUCAUCGGUUCUGGUUGUCUCUGAGAUGAUCCAUGGAAACAAAAGCCUGGGCCAAGCAAAGAGCACCAUUGAGGGAGGAUCCACUAAACUGCAAGUGCUGCCUGCUAUUCCUGAGAAAGACUCUGGCUACUCGCCGAUGUAUAAACUGGUUGUAAAAGGUUAUAUUGGAUCAACUUUGGUCUUCUCUAACUCUACUGUGCUGCAGUACAGCCCCAAGAGUGUGUCUAUCCUUCUACAGACUGACAAACCCAAAUACAAACCAGGCCAAGGAGUAAAAAUACGAGCUCUGGUCAUAACCCCUGACGGCAAGCCGUCCAACAAACAGAUCGACAUCGCCAUAAUGGAUCCACGGGAAAAUAUGAUCCAUCAGUGGCUGGCUGUUGACACAGUUCUUGGAGAGACAGCAAAAGAGUUCCAGCUUUCUCAGAACCCUCCUCUUGGGACAUGGAAAAUCCUAGCUACAGUGAAUACUGUCACUCAGGAAAAGGUCUUCACCGUCAGUCAAUACGCGUUGCCUAAGUUUGAGGUCCUGAUCGACGCUCCUGAAGUUCUUUACUAUGAAGAGAACCUGACGUACACUGUUACUGCACAAUAUCUCUAUGGAAAACCUGUCUCUGGGAAAAUGUCAGUAGUAUAUGUUCAUAGCCUCCAAGGAAUAACAACAUCGAUUGAAGAUUGGAAAAUGAUUGAUGGAAAAGCUGAACUGAGCUUCGAUGUUACUUCCUUGUAUAAGUCAAAACCUUCAGCUGAGUACAUGUACCUGUUUUAUGAAUUUGACUACAUCGACAUCAACCUGCAGGUCACAGAACUGCUAACUGGUGUCAUGUACAACAACUCGGUUCGGGUUUCUGUUGCAAUGUAUAAAUAUAAUCUGGAGUUUCAGCAGUAUCCAGCCACCAUAAAGCCAUCUCUGACCUUUCUUGCCCAGCUGAAACUGUCCACCUAUAACAGCCAUCCACUGACUGCAGAGGACCAGAGUCAGAGUGUAACUCUCACCGUGACCCAACAACCUUUCAUUCCAUGGAUGUUUCCCAGGGGAAAAGCAGCACGUUUUGCACCAAAUAAUUCCUCUUACUCGUCUUUGCCUUAUCCUAAUAAAAAUGGUUCAGCGGUGAGCUUCCAACUUCCUGUUCCUGCUGAUGGAGUCAUCCCCUUCCAGAUCAAUCUCUCUGAAAAUGUUGCUAUGCUAAUAAUAGAGGCGCAGUAUGAGGACGUACAAAAAAGUCUACAUCUAUACAGAAGAUUCUCGUCUCCUUCUAGAUCUUAUCUGCAGCUGAGAAGCCAAAGUUCUCCACAGAUUGGGCAAUCGCUCUUCAUGACUGUAGAAAGCAAUUUCCCUUUAACUGUAUUCCACUACAUGGUGAUUUCAAAAGGUCAGGUGGUAGCAGCUGGGACUUUGACUUCAGUGUACUUCUCUCUGUCUCCUGAUCCGUCGUGGGUUCCCCUGGCGAACGUGCUGGUGUACUGCGUCCAGCCUGAUGGCGAGAUCAUCAGUGAUGUGAUGGAACUGUCCUUCACUGAAAUCCUGCGAAACCAUGUGUCUGUAAGCUGGGAUAAAGAACAUGCAGAGCCAGCAGAGAAUGUCUUUCUGUCUGUCUCUGUAGCUGAGCCCAGAUCACUGGUGGGAAUCCUAAUUGUAGACAAAGCAAGCCAGGACAUGGACCGGAGCAACGAUUUCACCGAAAAGAGGGUGAUAGAGGAACUGGCUACAUACUCUAAGGAUAUGUUUUCUAUGGAUGGAAUGGAAAUUAGUGGCCCCUACUCUGUAUUCAUGGUGACUGGCAUCACUGUUCUUACCGAUGCAAGCCUAAAUGCAGAAAACAGCUAUGCCAAGCCUAACUUUCCAGGAGAGGAAUUUCCAAUUCUCUUUACCUCAGAGAAGGCAGACGAGGAACCAGGACAGAGAAAGAAUUUUCCUGAGACCUGGCUGUGGCUUGACACCAAUUUGGGUGAAUCUACAACAGCAGAUUUUACACUUACUGUACCAGACAGCAUGACCUCCUGGGUGGCUACAGCUUUUGUGAUAUCAGGGAAUCUGGGUUUGGGCCUAAGUGCUCCUGCAGAGCUACGUGUAUCCAAAGGCUUCUUUCUGUCGUUGAACCUCCCUGCGUAUCUGGUCCGAGGUGAGCUGCUGCUGCUUGAGGUCAGCCUUUUCAACUACUUGGAUAUGGACGUGGAGGUGAUUGUAAAAGUGGAUGAGAGCAUUAUGUUUGAGUUUGUGACCUCAGCUGGUAAUGAGUCUGUAUUAGAAAGCAUACGCCAGGUGUCCGUGUGGAGUCAGAAUAGCAGCGUGGUGGUUUUCGCCAUUAGAGCCACCCAGCUCGGUCAGAUGCCCAUCUCUGUCAAGGCCUCGAGCCUCUACGCCUCAGAUUCAGUGUUACAGACAAUUGUAGUUAAGCCAGAAGGAAGGGAGCAGUUGCACACUCAGACACUCUUUCUGGAGUUUGACCCAAAGCAGACGAGUCUGUCCAGAGAGGUGGAGUUUAAUUUUCCUGCAGCAGCUGUUCCAGGCAGCUUGCGUGCCCAAGUCACUGCGGUCGGUGACAUUUUGGGCCCAUCCAUCAGUGGUCUGGACACUUUGAUUCAGAUGCCAUAUGGCUGUGGUGAGCAGAAUAUGAUCUACUUUGCACCAAAUGUUUAUGUGCUGCAGUACUUGAACAGUGUGGGCAUCAAAGAUGAGGAACUGCGUGUGAAAGCUCUGAGCUUCAUGAGACAAGGUUAUGAGCGGGAGUUGUCGUAUCAGAGGAUAGACGGCUCUUUUAGUGCUUUUGGAGACAGCGACCCCUCUGGCAGUACAUGGUUAUCAGCAUUUGUGCUGAGGUGUUUCCUCCAGGCUCAACAGUUUAUCUACAUUGACAAAUCAGUCCUUCUUGGAGCAACCAGAUGGCUGCUGACCCAGCAGAAUGCUGACGGUUCUUUCGCAGAGCCUGGGCGAGUUAUACACACCGAGUUGCAAGGAGGAUUGGACGGCCCAGUAUCCCUCACUGCUUAUGUCCUCAUGGCUCUUCUUGAGGACAACGAGCUCAAGCAUACUUAUGACAGUGAGGUAUCCACUGCCAUGAGCUAUCUGACCUCCAGACUGAGCCAAGGCAUCUCCAGUAACUACAGCCUGUGUCUGGUGACAUAUGCACUGACUCUGGCUGAAAGUCCCUCAGCUGGAAUGGCUCUCACUAAGCUGAUGAACAGAGCCCAGAUGCAUGAUGGUGUGCCCACGUGGAGCACUGGAAUGGGUGUGUCGGAGUCAUGGCAGCCACGCUCAACUGAUAUCGAAAUGGCGUCCUAUGCUCUGCUUUCUUUGUACAAGCUGGGCAACAUGGAACAAGCUCUUAAGCUCAUGAAGUGGCUCAGCCAGCAGAGGAACCACCUUGGGGGAUACGGCUCGACACAGGACACAGUGAUCGCUCUUCAGGCACUAUCAUCCUUUGCCUCGCUGAGCAGCACAGAGCAGAUCAACCUCAGCAUCACAGUGACAUCAAAGACGGCAACAGUGGCUACGUUCUCCAUAGACCAAACUAACUACCUGCUUUAUCAGAGCCAAGAGAUUGAAGCUGAAAAAAAUCUUCAGCUCCAAGUGUCAGCUGUGGGAAAAGGAUUUGCACUGUUCCAGCUUACGACUUUCUACAACAUAGAGACUCAAGAGCUUUCCCGUAGACGCCGUUCUCUCAUGUGCGAGACCUUUGACUUGAAAAUACAUGUUAUGGACGAUGCCAUGUAUAAUGUUAACCUUUAUAUAUGUUUCAGGUUGUGUGAGCACCAGGAGUUGAGUCAGACAGGGAUGGCAAUUCUGGACGUUGGCCUUCUCUCUGGCUUCAGUUUGGCUCAAAGUGGCAUUCAAUUAGACGAGCUGGUUAGAAAAGUGGAAACGUCACCCGGAAAAAUCAUCCUUUACUUAGACUCGGUAUCCAAAGAAGAAUCCUGUGUUAAGGUCCCUACUACGAUGGACUUUAUAGUAACCGGUGUUCAAGAUGCAGUGGUCAUGAUUUAUGACUACUAUGAGCCAACGAGGAAUGCUGUGGAGAUGUACACAUCCGAAACCAGAAAAGACAUUCCGUUUUGUUCGCUCUGUGGGCAACAAUGCUCUCAGUGUGAAGAUAUGGGGGUGUCAGUGUUUGACCAUGUUAUCUCCUCACACCAUCACCAGGGUUCAGUUCAGAGCCUGGCUUUGCUGCUCCUCAUCACAUUUUUAUUUUGCUUCUAGAUAAGAGGUGGCUGAAAUCUUUUUUUUUUUUGUGUGUUAAUAUAUAAAACAUAAAUAAAUAAUCCUCUUUCUAUAGUCAGGACUAGGAUUUGUACUGAAAAAGCUCUUACAGUAAAAUAAUAAUUCAGGACUCUGUUAUACCAUCAGCUAUCAAAAUGAGUACUAUAAUGCAGAAAUUCUGCAGUCAUUUCACAAAAAUUUACAAAAAACAUCCGGACAAAAAGCGCAAAAUGUGUUAUUAUUAUUAUUAUUAUUAUUAUUAUUAUUAUUAUUAUUAUAAACCUUUUGCUCAUCACUUACCAAAUACCAAAUUUACAUAGCAUGAUUUAUAAACAGAAGUUUUGUAGCUUUUCUUAUCAAGUAGCACAUUUUUGCUCAUUGGAUCUAACCAUUCCUUUCUGCAUACAUUCUUAGUUUAAUUGCUACUCAAAUAGUUAUACAGGGCUAAUAAAGUACAUGCAGUUUAUCACCGUUUACUCUCAUUGUAUAAAGUGUGGGAAGCACUGAUUAAGAAUUUAUGAUGAAAUUGUUUAAUCAGAUUUUUGUGGUAUACUGUAAUUACGUACAAACUGUAAUUAUUUUACUGUAAUACACACACAACAAAGUACUCUUCUCAAUAAAUACUUAAUUAUAUGCUAA